AUGCGUGGCAUACAGGUUUCGGAAUACGUCAAAGGCCCUGAAGAGCUCAAGGUCAUUGACUUACCUGACCCAGUCCCCAAGGAAGACGAGUACCUGAUCGGCAUAAGAGCAAGCGCAACGAAUUUUUUCGACCUACUCCAGAUCAGGGGCAAAUACCAGCACCAGCCGCCGUUUCCCUGGAUAGCCGGCGCCGAGUUCUCUGGCGUGGUGUUGAAGGCCCCAGAUCGCUUGUCGAACGGCAAGAAACCAGCAUUCAAGGUUGGCGAUGGCGUGUUUGGCUCCGGUGCGGGCGGUUAUGCCACGAAGAUAUGUGCUACGGAGUGGAGUCUGAGACCAAUACCGAAGGGAUGGAGCUUCUUUGAUGCGGCCGGCCUGUUCGUUACGGCACCCACAAGCUACGCAGGGCUGGUGACCAGAGCGGGCGUCAAAAAGGGUGACUGGGUCCUCGUUCACGCCGCGGCCGGCGGUGUCGGUCUUGCCGCCGUGCAGAUCGCCAAAGCCUUUGGCGCAACCGUCAUUGCAACGGCGGGCACAAAACACAAACUGGACGUUGCGCGCUCCUUUGGCGCGGACUACGGGGUAGACUACACGAACAAGAACUGGCCCGAGGAGGUCAAGAAGAUCACCCCGAACGGGCGCGGCGUCGACAUCGUAUACGACCCUGUUGGCAUGAUCGUGCCGUCCACAAAAUGCACGGCAUGGAACGGCCGAAUCCUUGUCAUCGGCUUCGCCGCCGGCGAAAUCGAGAAGGUGCCCGCGAAUCGAUUCUUGCUCAAGAACAUCAGCUUGGUGGGGCUUCAUUGGGGUGCUUACAACGUCUACGAGAGGGAGACGAUCCCGGAGGUGUGGAAGGGCCUGUACGAGCUGAUGGAGAGCGGCAAAUUCAAGGGGACGUGCUACACCGACAAGGAAUAUGUGGGACUGGAGUCUGUUCCAGCAGCGUUGAAGGCGCUUGGCGCCCGCGACACUUGGGGCAAAGUCGUCGUAAAGAUACCCGAGGAGGGACAGAGCAAGCUCUGA